AUAUUUCGAAUCCUGAUUCUCGAAAGAAUAUCAAUAUUAUGCCGGAAUCGAUUCUACUAUAGGUUAUGUGUAUAAUUUACGUAAACCCCUUGACGAGUAGAUGUGUAUGUAUGGUCUACUUCAAAUAAAUACAAAGAAACUGUGGAAGCAAAUUGCAAGACUAUUAAGCUAUCUCAUUGUCAGCACAUACACUAAUUUUUUAUACUUAUAUAUAACUAUCAGUUAAUGAAGUGUACUUAUUUAAUUAUCAAGGUCAUUUAACUUGUUUUGGAAAAGCCCAUAAUUCUGAGUGAAAAUGGUUCACUGUAAGGUAUGGUUAGAUAAUUAUCACACAGGAAAGUAUUAUCCUGGAAGCCAAAUCGAGGGAAAAGUAAUAUUAAACUUCAAUAGUGAUACAAAAUUCAGAAAUAUCAAAAUUCGUCUCAUAUGCAAUGAACACACAGAGUGGAGAACUACAGAAAGCUACACUGAACCUGGAAGUAAUGAAUCCAAAACAAGAGAUGUUAAUAUAUAUUCUGAUAACAAUGUAGUUUCUACUGAAAUUAUUUUAUUUGGAGGAAGUUCUGGUACAGCAACUUUACCUCCUGGUCAACACAUGUAUCCUUUCCGUGUUAUGUUACCAAUAAACAUACCUUCCUCUUUCAAUUGUGAAUUUGGUUCCAUCACAUACAAAAUAAUAGCCUUAGUUGAUAGACCAAUGGCUGUUGAUUAUGAAGAUCAGUUUAUUUUUAUUGUUGAUUCAUUGAUAGAUUUGAACCAUCUACAUAAUCCACAACUUUUGCAAUCUACUUCAUAUUCGGAUGAUAAAACAGUAUGUUGCCUUUGUUGUGCUCAAGGACCAAUUACUAUGGAUGUAACACUUCCCAAAAGAACACUGAUACCUGGAGAAGUUGUGAAUAUUCCGGUCAGAAUCAGUAACAUGUCUAACACAAAUAUCGAAUCUCUAGAACUAAAAUUGAUACAGAAAAUUGAAUGUAAAUCUACAACAUCUGUCGAAGACAAAUCAAUUGAAAAUACUCCAAUAAAUUUACAUGAAGUUGGUGUUGGAGCACAUGGAGAACAUACAUUUACAUUGGCUGUCCAAUUGCCGAAUAAUUUUGUUGUGCCAAACUUUACUGACUGCAAACUAUUUAAAGUCAAUUACACCUACAGGGUUAUUGCACAUCUACCAGGAGUUCAUUCUGCUCUAGUAAUUGAUAUGUACCCUGAAUUGGGACACAUAGAAAUAGGUCAGCAAGCUCCCAUAAAUGGCUAUGGUGAAGGUCCUAAUAGUAAUUCUGCUGGUAUCCCAUUAUAUCCAGGAACAUAUCCACCACCUGGUGCAGGAUUUCCUCAAUAUCCUCCACAAGGAGCAUAUUCACCAGUUCCAACUCAACCUUUUCCUCAACCACCUGGUGUAUAUCCUCCACAAGGAUAUCCUCCAAUGAGCUCUGGACCAGGAUAUUCCUCAAAAGCUCAAGAAGCAGGUAUAUAUCCUUCAGCACCAGCACCACCUAUGGGAGAACAAUUUCCUCCUUCUUAUGACAAUAUUUCAAAAUAAACAUCAAUUACAACUCCUUGGAUCAUCAUGCUUGCUGUAUGUAGGAACUCUGAAACGCUGAAAUGAAAGUGCUGCUAUUAGUUAUUAUACUAGUUAAUAUAAAAAUUUCAAAUUUAUAUGCUGUUCUAAAAAUAUAUUUUUAUAAUGAUUAGAAUUAAAUUAAAAAAAAAAUCCAACUAGCCACCAAGAAGAAAAUAACCCAAUAAGGUUUGUGAACUGAUGUAGUUAAUGUGGGCAAUUUGAAAUCUUUCUAGCUGGUUUAAUAAAUUAUGUUUAUGAAAUUUUAGGUUUAUUUUCAUAACCAUCAGUAUUAGUAAGUAAAUUUGCACUAUAACGGCCGGUUUCAUAAUACGAGGGCCGUUUAUUUUUUCAAUCUCCGAUCGCUCUGUGCAGACGCUACGCGGGCAUGGGCUGUAGGCGACUGCGAAGCUCUCGCACUACACACUCCGCCAUUGUUGACAUUUAGGCGUCAGUCGGCGUUGUGCUACAGCCACGUAAAUAAGUCCGCCAUUAUCGAUGCUCCCGCCAAGUAUGAAUUGCGAAGUGUGAUUCGUUUUCUACAGGCUGAAGGCCAUAGUGAUGCAUAAUUCACGACUAUUUAUUUAAAAUUAAGUAACUGCGUUUGCACAAUCAUUUAUAUACCUUAAUAAAAUUUUACAAAGCUCUAGAACAAAAAGAAACGAAAGAAAUAAAUAAAUAGACUUACCUAGAAAUUAUUUAGAAGAAAUACUGUAAAUAAACCGCCUGCUGCUCAAAUAUAUAUAUACAUAUAAACAUCAAGAAUUCCGCCAUCUAUCAAAAACGUUAUACACGCCGCGCGAAUUCACCGAAUUCUUAGAAUUUUAUAGUAACUGGACAGGGCCGACCUAGAGAACCAUUUUGCGAACUUGUUCAUAAUAAUACAAACUCCGCUCUUACGGUAUCAGACAAAAUAUUUUCUCGAGGAAUGCUGAACGGAACGAAUGGCGAAUGACACGAUCGGUGAUGAACAAUGUGAAUUACUUACUUUAAAAACUAAGUUAAAGUACCCUUUAAUCUAAAGGAACAUUUAGGUAAAGUGCCAAUUAGGGUGGGAUUAUGAAACCGGCCAUUAGAUGUACAAACAGUGAGGAAACCUUAUUUUUAAAACUUUUUUAUAUCAAUUACAUAAAUUGUUAAUGUAUUUUUGUAUGUGUUUACACCUAAAUUUAUAUGAUGUGGCAAAUUUUUGUUGUGACUAGCUUAUUAUUCUAAAGUAUGAUAUUUGAAUGUUUUUUAUGAAUAAAUGAUAUAUAUAAUA